AUGAUACAUCAGACUGAUCGCUGGCUCUAUUAUUGCAGAUGGUUAUCCGGAGUUUCUCAUCUGAGUUAUUAUGGCAUUUGGGCCGCUUGUGCUCGUUUUUUCUUAUCUGCUAAUCUACUACCUCGUCUUGUGCGGCACCAAGGGGGCUCUAACCGAUCUACUAAUUAUUAUCCUUCUAUGGUACUGGCCCUUUUCGGCCCUACUCCGGGCCUGUCUUCCUGCUACGAAGUCUUUCUGGAUUCUGAUGAUGAUGAUGAUCGACUCGCUCCUUUAUCAAUAGAUUGUCCUAACCCCAGUCAUGAUAAAAUAAAGUUGCAUUUUAGGUUAUUUUCGGGCUUUGGUUCACUUGAUACAUGUUAUAUAUCGUCAAGAGCUGAAACGGAUUCAUAUGUUCUUCAAUUAGUUGAACUUCCUCUAGCGAAGCUAAUCGGUCCUCUAGACGAUGUAUAUAACGGCAGGAAGGAAGAUUCACCUAACUCUGAUGGUGACAGUGAUGAUGAAGCUUUCCUUGGAGGUGAUGAAAUUGGUUCAGUUCGCACCAAGGCGCACAUUUUCAAAUGUGCCAUUUCUCGGCUUUCAGCAGAUAAUGCGCACAUGUACCACUUAUUCGGUGGGAGCAUUGAUUCACAUUGCUUAAACGCAUCACCAACGACUACUUCUAUUCAAAAACAGAGUAUUUCAGUCAAAAGUUCUGUUGUCACCUCCUGUGCAAAGACUGAAAAGAGAAAUGUUAAAUGGGCUUCUGUUCUGGAGGCAGCGCGCACAGUCCCAACACCCCAACCCUCGCCACACGAAUCCCUUAAUCUUUCAAUGCAUGCAUCUGUAUUGGAUGGGACUAUUUGUGACUCCGCCUUUGGUCUAUCGGAGCGAGCGAACGCCAUCCUCUCAAACCAAAAUGGCCGCCAAUCCGAGUCCAGACCACCUGAUGAGGCGAUUCCUCGACACCGGCCUAGCAUGCAGUCGGACUCUGAAACGCGGCAGCUCCAUGAGACCACUCAACUGCGCCAUAACCACCAGCAUCAACCACUUCACUGUCGUGGAUUCUCACCGCCUCAUUAUUGGCCUCCUUUGCCAAAUCAAGAAACUGGGAAUCCGGCCUGCUGCGCUUCCCUGUCCUCAAAAAUCCAGCCUUCAAAUAAUUACAACCUGACUUUGGAAACUUCUUUUCCUGAUCAUGUAGACGCUGUAUCUUCUGCUUAUGAUCUGAAUAGAUAUCGACCGGGUCAGCCUAUCAGGGGUCAGUCCCACUGUGCCUCUCUAAAGAACUCCAACCGUCCCUCAUCCGAUCCGGGUCUCCACUGUUGCCACCAGCUUGGUUUUCCUGCCAUCCAAGCUCCGGCAUCUCUGCCCACCCAGUCACUAGCCCCAGUAACCUCAAUUACUCCUACGGCUAAAACUCAGACCCUGGCUUCUCCCCCCGCUCCUCAGCCUCAUAUUCGAUUUCCUAUUCCAAAAAGCACAGUUUUGCCAUCCGGUCUCAUCUCAGGAAUUCCCCGACUUCAAACAGCAUCUAAGCAAUCUUGGGAGUUGGGAGUAAGCAUCAAUUCUGGUAAUGGCGGUCGCAUAGAAACAGACAGAUUGACCCGUUUGGAGCGUCUAAUGGAACAACUACUCCAUCUCAAACAGAAAGAGGACGAUUCCGAUGCCACUGCCUCUGCCAUGGAUUCUAACGCCUGUGACAAGUAUACAGCUCCUGCAUCCUCGUGUGGGCUUAAUAGUGUAUCGGAGCGACUGGCCAACGUAGGAGUGAAUACCAGUUUUAUUGAUUUUACAACAUCGGAGUCAACUCGACGAGAGGAAGCUUGUCAAGCAGGCCUCGGUACCAUCUGCAUGAAUGCCGGUGUACAAGGUGGGUUGGAGCGAAUUCAAAUGUUGAGGUCAAUCAUGACUUCAGAUUCCCAAAGGGCAAGUUUUAUCUCUCUUGAUCACGCCUUAAAUAUGCUUCGUAUCAAGGUUGGUCUCGGGAUGUGUCCAUUUAUCCCCAUAGCUUAA